AUGCACGUCAACUCUAUACAUUUUCUUUUAAGUAUUAAUACUAAUGUAUCAGUCAUUUCUUUAUUAUCAAAACAAAAAAUUGAAGAACAAAAAAAUGCAUCCACAGCCUUAUUAACAAUUAUUAGUACUUUGCGAUACCUUAGUCAGAUGGGAAUAAGUAUUAGAGGUCAUUCUCAUAAUGAUGGCAAUUUUAUUUCCUUAUUAGAAGAAAGAUGUGUAGAUGUUCCAUGCUUAAGAUAUUGGAUACAACAGAGAAAUAAUUGGCUUAGUUCAGAUAUUCAGAAUGAAAUAUUAGAAAUAAUGUCAUUAAAUUUACAGCGUGAACUUGUGCAAUCAAUAACAAAAUCAGAAUACUUCUCUAUAAUUGCUGAUUCAACUACUGAUAUUUCGUCUACAGAACAGUUUUCAUUAUGCAUUCGCUAUGUUGAUUCAAAUUUUGAAGUACAUGAAGUAUUUACUGGUUUAUAUAAUACACCUGAUAGUAAAGCAUUAACAUUUUUUGACACAAUAAAAGACAUAUUAAUACGAUUUACUUUAUCUACAUCAAAUUUAAGAGGCCACUGUUUUGAUGGAGCUGCCAAUAUGUCUGGGAAAUUGAAUGGGGUGAAAAAAUUAAUUGAAAAUAUUCAGCCAAAAAGUUGUUUUGUACACUGUAGUAAUCAUUCACUGGAUUUAGCAUUACAAGAAGUUGCAAGAAAAAAUAGUGCUAUGUGUGAUACCUUCACUAUGAUCAGAGAUGUAUCAAAUGCUAUUCUUGAAUCUGCUAAGAGAAAAAAACAAUUAGCAAAAGUAUUACAAAAUCCUAAAUUUUGUGCAUCAGAUUCAAUUAAAGCUGCAGAUACAUUAAAGAAAACAUUACUAUCAUUCAGAAGUAAUGAAUAUUUUGAAAAGAUAUUAAAUACCGUGAAUUUAAAUGCUGAAAUAUAUGAAUUAGAACCACUUGAUGACACUAAGCGUAUCAAAAAAACACCAAAACGACUUCAAUAUACAAGUAACCCUCCUACAAAAUUAUCACCAAUAUGUGAAUUGAAGAAAGAUAUGUUUGAAAUAAUUGACUAUUUGAUAAAUGAAAUUGAUAGGCGUUUUAAUCAACAAGGUCUAAAAAACUUGGUUAAAUUAGAACACAUACUUGUAGAUCAAAACACAAGAACUCACCAAGAACUUACUAAUUGUUUAAAUAAUAUGAGUGAGGAUUUUGACAUUAAUAAACUCCAUGCCCAGCUUAUUAUGUUACCGUCUAUAGUAUCUAUCACUAGUAUUUCAGAUAUUAUAAAUCAUUUGAGAAAUGAAUAUUCAAAUGUAAAAGAUUCUUUGUUUUCUGAAAUCACCAAGCUUAUUAAAUUAAUUUUAACAAUACCAGCAUCUGCAGCGACUGCUGAACGUUCUUUUAGUGCAUUGAGAAGACUAAAAACAUAUCUGAGGUCCACAAUGACCCAAAAGAGAUUAACUCAUUUGAUGAUUUUACACGUUCAUAAGUCUAUGACAGCAAAAAUUGAUUUGAAGUUAAUUGCCAAAGAAUUUGUUUCCAGAACUUCAGAAAGGAAAUCAAAAUUUGGAAAUUUUUAUUAA